UCUCGCCGGCGGCCACCGGGCGCAGGGGCUGCUGCGCGGUAGGGGUUUUGUCCCCUUUUGCUUCUCCCCCUCUCUCUCUCUUUUCCUUUCUCUCCCUUUUUCCCCCUCCUUCCUUCUCCCUUUUCUGUGUUCCUUUGCCUAUGUUCGGGAAACCAGACAAAAUGGACGUCCGGUGCCACUCGGACACCGAGGCCGCCCGGGUGUCGAAGAGCGCGCACAAGGAGAGCCGGGAGCUCAAGGGCGCCGAGGGCAGCCUCCCCGCCACCUUCCUCAAGGAGCCCCAGGGCGCCUUCGCCGCUUCUGGCGCUGCGGAAGAUUGUAACAAAAGUAAAUCCAAUUCCGCAGCCGACCCGGAUUACUGUCGCCGUAUCCUGGUCCGAGAUGCCAAGGGCUCCAUCCGAGAGAUCAUCUUGCCUAAGGGCUUGGAUCUGGACCGGCCCAAAAGGACACGCACGUCCUUCACCGCCGAGCAGCUCUACCGCCUGGAGAUGGAGUUCCAGCGCUGCCAAUACGUGGUGGGCCGCGAGAGGACCGAGCUCGCCCGGCAGCUCAACCUCUCUGAGACCCAGGUGAAGGUCUGGUUCCAGAACCGACGCACCAAGCAGAAGAAGGACCAGGGCAAGGACUCGGAGCUGCGCUCCGUGGUGUCGGAGACCGCCGCCACGUGCAGCGUGCUGCGGCUGCUGGAGCAGGGUCGCCUGCUGUCGCCGCCCGGCCUGCCCGCGCUGCUCCCGCCCUGUGCCACGGGCUCCCUGGGCUCGGCCAUGCGCGGGCCCAGCAUCCCCGCCCUGGGUGCGGGCGCUGCGGCGGGCUCGGCCGCCGCCGCCGCCGCCGCCGCUGCCGCCGCCGCCGCCGCUCCGGGCCCCGCGGGCUCCGCGUCUCAGCACCCGCCGACCGUGGGUGGAGCCCCGGGUCCCGGGCCUGCGGGACCCGGGGGACUGCAUGCGGGAGCGCCGGCCGCUGGCCACGGCCUCUUCAGUCUGCCGGUGCCCUCCCUGCUCGGCUCGGUCGCCAGCCGCCUGUCCUCCGCCCCGUUGACAAUGGCCGGUUCGCUAGCUGGGAAUUUGCAAGAACUCUCCGCCCGGUACCUGAGUUCCUCGGCCUUCGAGCCUUACUCGCGGACCAACAAUAAAGAAGGGGCCGAGAAAAAAGCGCUGGACUGAUUGGAAGUGUUUUGCCUGUAUUUAUAUUUAUAGUAUCCAUUGUGGUGGUAUUUAUGGACUUCUAGGCGCCCAGGGCUCCCCGCGCUGGUCCCCUGGCUCCCAACUAGGCCUCUGACGGCCCUCCAUCCCCAUCGGACUCUGCUAACCCAUCGCACCUCACUUGGGCUAUUUUUGUUCCUUUCCCCUCUAUCUUUCUCUCUUCCUCUUAACCCUAAUUGCCUUCUGAAUCCAGAAAAAAAAAAAAAUCCAAAGAAUUGGGGAGGGGG